UCUCGCGCUGGAAGUGGUCGGAGUUGUUCCAUCCAUGUACAAGAGCCGGCUGCAGGAGCUCUGCCAACGGCGGCACUGGGAGCUGCCGCAGUACACCGCCUCCCGGGACGGCCCCGACCACAGCCCCCUAUUCCGAGCCACCGUCACCGUCAACGGCGCCGCCUUCCACUCCCCCGACGACUCAUGCUCCUCCAAGCAAGCCCAGGAUAGGGCUGCCCAGGUCGCCUUUGAGCAGCUCUCUGCCGAGGACCCGCCGACCGCCCCUUCGUGGCCCCUUCCUGUCGCCCUCGAUAGUCAAGUUUCAUACAAGAAUCAACUUCAAAUUUAUCUGCAAAAGAAAAAUAAAGGUUUACCAUCGUAUUUCUCUGUUCAUGAUGGUUCUCCGAUCCGUCAUUUUAAGGCUAUUGUUAAAAUCGAUGGACAAAGUUUCGAGAGUACAGGGUAUUUUCAUACAAUUAAGGAAGCCGAACAAUCUGCUGCAAUGGUUGCUUUGAUGUCUUUGUUUCCGAAAGGAAAUGAACAGGAUGAUGCUGUUUACAAGAACCUUCUGCAAGAAUUGAUGCAGAAACAUGGGUUUCCCUUGCCAAAAUAUACCACAAUCAGCUAUGGUGAAAGUCAUAUUCCUUCCUUUUCAUCUACAGUGGAAAUUAAAGGUGAAUUUUUUAAAGGAGAUGUUGCAAAAACCAAGAAACAGGCAGAGAUGAAUGCUGCAAAGGUCGCUUGGUCUCACCUUAAGGAAGAAAUAUCAAGCAGAUUUCCAUCUGAUCUUUUGGCAAAAUGGCAAGUGCUAGUUGCAUCUGAACCUGUCAUUUCAAGAUCAGACACAAUAACAAACUUGAAGCAUUUGAAGCCAAGUGUUGAUGCCCAUAAGAUGGAUGACAUUAUUUCAGAUGGUCAUGGAGAGGCUUCUGGGUUAACUGUAUCUCCUCCUUGUGAUCAGAUAAUUAAUUCAGCCAAAGAAGUCAUGAAUACUGAUGGUUCCUUCCGUCAUUCAGCUCCCUAUACAGAUGAGCAUAACCCUGAGAUUACCAUCAACAAAAACGAUACUGUCUCUCUGGUUCAUAAACGAGAAGCUGCGGAUGUUAUGAAGAAUGGGAAAACCCUGCAAGGUGCUAUGUCUGAUGAUGGGAGCUCAGCUCUAUCCUCAAAUUCUAAUGCCUCCAAUAUCCAUGCCAAAACUGCUACUGAACCUCCUAUAGGCAGAAACACUGUAUUGUUGUGUAAUAGAGUGCGGAUCUAUCCAAACAAAUCUGAUCUGGUUUUGCCUGAAGAUGCAAUUCCAUUGCCUUGUAGUGAUGAUAGCUGGGUGGCUGUCAGCUUCGAUUUAUGAAGUCAUGAAGGUGGGUUUUCAGCAUGAUGACGUGUUUUUGGAACAUCUGCAAAUUUUAUUCAUGGUGAUCAGAUUUCGGCGCAGGAUUUAUACAAAUGUGUGUUUAUCGUUUACAUUUCACAGGCAGAUUUGUCUGAUGCUGUGAUGUUAAUGGGUUGUGAGUUGGUCAUCAAACUUACAAGAGGCCUUUCCUUAUAUUAGAUUUGAAAGUUUAACUAGAAUGGGUAUAGAAAUCUGAAUUUUCAUGUUUGAUCUUUAACAUUUCAUGGAAAAGUGGGAAAGAUGAAGACAUACUUAUUACUCCCUCUACCUAAUGUUCAUCUUUGCAAUGGAAUGGAAUUAAGUUCUUAUGCCACAA